AUGUCUAAAUACAAUUUCCUCGACGACUAUAGUGAAGGUGCUCACCCAAGAAUUAUUGAAGCAUUAGCUCGUACCAAUAUGACCCAACAAACAGCAUACGGGAACGAUGAAUUCUCUCAAGAUGCAAGGGAAGCAAUUCGAAACAAGAUCGGCGCCGAUGAAGCGACAAUCCACUUUGUGCCCAGCGGCACGGCAGCAAACCUCUUGUCGAUAGCAAGCUGCCUCCGCCCACACGAGGCAAUCAUUGCCGCAUCCUCGGCACAUAUUGUGAUGAAAGAAACUGCAGCUAUUGAGGCAACCGGACACAAAAUCAUUACUCAGCCUGCAGUGGACGGCAAGCUGACGCCAGACAAGAUUCGGUUAGCUUUUGAUCAAAAUUCAAUUUUCGCACACCAAGCGAAGCCGAAGAUGGUUUAUAUCUCGAACGCAACCGAGAUUGGCACGGUGUACACAAGGAGUGAGCUAGCAGCCAUUGCCGCAAUAUGCAAAAGCCUCGAUCUUCUCAUUCUGAUGGACGGUGCUCGUCUUGGUGCUGCCUUAGCCUCCUCAGAGACUGACAUGACAUUGAAUGACAUCUAUCAUCUUACAGAUCUGUUCUGGAUCGGAGGCACCAAGACUGGAGCACUUAUAGGGGAGGCUGUGGUCAUCAAAGAUAAAAGCUUAGGAGCUGAUUUUCCCUACCAUAUGAAGCAGCGAGGGGCACUGCUCGCCAAAGGACGAAUCCUGGGAAUUCAAUUCAGCACGCUUCUGCAGGAUGAUCUCUUUCUUCAUCUCGCACGUCACGCCAACAGCACCGCGGCGGAGAUCUCUUCUUCUCUCGUCAAGAUGGGAUUCAAUCUAUGGGCCAAGACGGAAACAAAUCAAGUAUUUCCGAUAUUACCAUCAGCUCUGGUUCAAGAACUACAGAAGGAGUUUGAUUUCUACAUCUGGGAUCGUCUCUGCGAUGGGUCUUUAGUUGUUCGAGUUGUGACUUCCUGGGCAACAGAGCUGUCGAAAGUCAGGAGGUUUAUUACGAUGGCAGAAGAGUGGAAAGCAGGAUCCCAAGAGAUUGCCGUCCUCGAGAAACAGAAGCCCGUGGUGUGA